CUGGAUUCGCUUCCGGGUGAAACGCGUCUCCGGAGACUCCGCGUGUCAACAAACCUGAUCCUCUGUAGAUUGCGAAGCCCAAGGAAAACUUGGCUGAAACGUUUGGAAGAAGGGAAGUCCGAGUUCUCGUCUCGCGAGAGCCAGCGAGAGACUCUCGAUUGCUCUCGAUGGCAAAUCUGGACCGAAAUGCGAUGCGCUCGGCUCGGAAGGACUUUAUUUCGGUCGCACGUGAAGACACGUGACGCUUAACGAACGUACGCGGAAGGUAAAAUGCAUCACGUCAAUUCGAGGCUCCGCAUUCUGCAUUCGAAUGUCAUCUGGUAUCAGCGGCGGAAAGUUCGUCGACGGAUCUCGAGUGGCAAGCUGGCAAACGCUCUCUGCUCCCGCAUAUCCAAGGAGUCUGCGAGUGAAUUGGAGAGCGACCGGCGAUAUGGUUACCUCGCGAUUUAAAAGGCACUUGGAUCUGCCUGUGAUCGCAGGAAAAUUAAUUCAAAAGUCUCGUGUGGAAUUUCCUUUCGUCGGGGGACCUGACCCGCGUCUAAUUUAUCCGCCACUGUUGGUCUCCGGGCACGCACAUGACGUGGCGGGCGUGCGGAGUGUCACGGACGCUAACAAGUGGACGCGCGCUCGCGGGUCGAGCAGUCUCAAUCGCUCCGCGCCGCAAGCGAAUCGCUCUCGUCGGGCGCGCAACAUGCGCCUCGAGUCGCUCUGAUAAAUCUGCUUGAUUGCACCGCAGGGACAUCGCCGUCAAUGCCGCGCGGCUCAUCCGCCUGAUUGCAGGAUAUGGACCCAGAGAAUGUGGGCAAGGAAACUAUUCUAAAAGUGACAGAUUGGUUGCGUGGAAUUUGGGAAAUGAGGCGGCGUGCCAGCGGACCUGUUCAACAAUGGAUUGACUCCAUACCGUCGUCCGCGAGGUCGGACAUCGUCGUUGCGAGCGAAUGCCAAGAAGAUAGCCGGAGCCAUGAGCAUAAACCGUUAACACCAACCGAGCCUAAGGACAUUCCAUUUUCUAAAGAUUUAAAGUCUCCAAGCAUGACCGUAUCGGCGCCUAUUAAUGUUCCUAAUUCUCCAGCAAUGAAUACACCGAUAUUACCAUGUUCGCUUCCUCAUCAGAGACUGGCGCGAGACGCGAGUUUUCAGUCGGACAGCAGUCACUGCAGCAGCGUCGAGAGUUUAUUGGAACUGCGAAGGGCGGAUCCGGCUGCGAUUCUGCUCGAUCUCGGCUUCGGCGGUUCCUCGGCCAGUCCGCAGGAGAACGGUACAAUUUCUCGCAUUCCUAGAAGGUUCCUACAGCCGUCGACGUUACCAGGCAUCGCCAUAGAUGAUUUUCUUAAGCAACAACAGGAGACCACCGAAUCUUUUGAUUCAGUAUCUUUAGGAUAUAGAGGCCUAAUGGGAUCGCCAUAUGUAGCCCCAUCGGAAAUUGUGCAAAAGAUUAUGGAACGUUUGCGGGAGCAUGAAAGUCACGAAGCGGAUACGACGAGCUUGUAUAAUUGCGACCAGCACAGUUCAUUGCAAAUGGAUCAGAAUGGAAAACUCUCUGUGCUGUCUCCUAAUAACAGACAGUUCCUGGAACAGCCACGUUCCAAAAGUCCCGAUAUGCGCAACAAGCGUAUGAUCAUAGGGCAGAAAUCAUUUGCUUUCGGAUACGAUGGAAAUUUGAUCGAAAUACCUACCAGUGAUACAAAUCUUACGUGCGAUACAGUAAACGAUCACAAUAGCUCACUGGAUACCAGCGAAUCCAUAGAAUUAAAGCAAUCGUCUCCAGAAGGAAGUAUAACGUUCGAACACCAAUAUUUUUCAAAGUACGACAAGAAGCUAGCGAAACAAUUGUCGUUUGACGAUACCGUCGAUUUUCCUGAAACUGACCAAUUAUUAUCAAAAGAUGAUCGGGGGAGUCAGAAUAGCUUAAAUAUUGCUCAAAGUGGCGCAAAUCUAGACGAUAGGGAACAAGAAUAUGAUUCAUCAGAUACAACUUCCAGAAGACAUGAAUUUUCUGAUACUCGAAGGGCUAGCGAUGGUUCGUGUGACAUGAAACCCUUAAAAAACAAAACGUUUUAUGGGAGACGAUUCAGCGAUGGCGCAAUGCGCAUUGCUGAACGUCAAAGCAAGGAACACACGUUAAUGCAAAAGAGAAGAAGUUUCAAAAGACAGUCUAGAGUAUGUGAUACAACCGCAAUGCAUUAUUGCGAUCUAAGUCCUAUUAGAUCUAGCAUUCCGAGUAUAGUAAUAAUAGAACCUAACGUAGAUAAGGAAGUGUCGAGUGAUAGUACACUAUUAAAUAUACCGAAAUCAUUCGAGUCAACCGAAGAUAAAAGCAAUCUGGAAUUAAAAAUAGACACGGAAUCUUCGUUUAGUAAACCUAACAACAUGCCUUCGCCAUCGAAUGUUAGCGAAUCUAUCGAUAGAUUAGAAUGCUCUGAAAGUGCACAGGAAGACUCGGCGUCGAGCGAUCAUUCUUGUACGGAAGAUAAUCAAGCUUGUUGUUACAAAGGUAAAGUAUGUAAAGAUUGUAAGCAUGGCAAAAACUGUCCGGAUUGUUGUUGUUACGUUAACAAACGGAAAUAUCGGAAAAGGAUCGAAAAGAUCAAGCAGGAAAAUAAGAGAUUAGAGGAUAUGCUGGCGAGAAGUAGGAGGGAGGUGGCAGAGAUUCGCGAUAUGCUUAGCAGCGUGUUAUCGGUCAGGAUGGAACCGGGAUUUUAGAUGGAUUAUUAAAACAAUUGCCAAUUUUGGUAAUAGUAAAACUGUCAUCUUGUGAUAUACGUGAAUAUGUGUAUUAGAGAGAAUUAAUACCUUGUAGAAUUUUUGACUUUCUAUUUAACAUUUUGAGAGACCUGAUCUAUUUCUCUCUAUUUAGAAAUCAAAUAUUUUCGAACCUCAUAUGUUUUGUAAAACAUUAACAAAAGAUAUUUCGACAAUGUACAUUUUUAAGAACGAUCUUUUAGCAUCUAUUUUUAUCCAAAACUAUAAAAAGAAACAAGAAUAUGAUACACUUGAUUAUUUCUGCAUGCUGAAUAUUAACAUAAAUUCAUGAAAAUAUUUUAGUAUAAUUUUUUUAUAUAUUUUUAUUUCUAUUUAUGACUCGUGCAUAUUUUUACACUUACUUAACGCGAGUUAUAAACAUAAAAAUCUUAUUACAUUUUGAUUUUAUUUAAUAUUAGGCAUUGGCACACGACCAAAAAAGAAGUGCAACAGAUUUAUCAUUACAAUAUUUUAUUAAUAUUGGCGUAUGUGAUUAAGGUAAAUAUAAGUUUUGAUUAUGAAGUAAAUUUAUAAUCGAUUUAAAUAUAUGGACGGUAUUUUGGGAUUGAGAAAAGGUACUUUUGUAAUCGAUAUUCGAGGUAACUGGUACUUUAGAAUAUGUGAGAUUAUUUUACUGAAUUUGAUGUCGUCUUAUUGAACUUUUAUGAUAUUUGGUUACACAAAAUUUACAUUUUCGUGAAUUUUAUUUAAAAUUAGUCACUCGGGACAAUUGACUUGGUCUUGCACUAUUCAAUUUUUCUCUUCUUUUAUCUCUAUCUCCAAUCGUUACAUUGUUAUGUAAAUCACGCAUACAGUGUCCAGCUACCAUUACCUCUUAAUAUACUUGUUAAGUUUGAAAUAUUAAAUUAACCUUUGUUAUAUUGUAAUUAAAUUUGUUGAUUGAAUAUCUUUAGCUCGUAGUUGAAAAAUAAUACUAUCACAUGUCUUGUUCACGUUUGAUAUAGAACUUUUCUGUAUAAGUUAUUUAAUAUUUUUAUACAUAUAUAUAUGCACAAAAGGUAGAUUAAGCACGUAGUGCUCACAAGUUGAGAAAGCACAAUCAGGACGAUAAUGAAAGUUUGAUACUUUCGUCGCUCUCUUUAAUAAUUAUAUUUACAGUAAUUUUGAAAUGCUGGUCAUUCCGUACUUUAUACAGAAAAAAAAACUUGAGAUCUAGUCUUCUACAACUGUACAACUUCUACAACUUCUGUCUGUACGGCGAUAAGAUGUUUAACUAUUAAUUCUUAAUCCUCUGACUAUUCCUCAUGUUACAAUCAAGGUAACGUGUUCCCAAGAAAUUGAAAAGUAAAACAGUUAGUAGUUUUGGGUAUCAAAUUACUGAGAAUUAAUUUAUGCUGCCACACAUAUCGGAGUACUUCUUGAAUAAUGGUAUAUUUCCACAUAUCACAUUAUAGAUAUAGACAAUGUACAUUUAUUCAGCUUUAAUCUAACAACGGGAUCAGUAAUUAAUAUACUUAAAAGAAAUCUGCGAUUUAAUGAACCAAAUAAAAUGAAGGAAUGAUCUGAUUUAAAAAAAAUAAUGCGAUAUGCUCGUUCCGUUGAAAUUAACCAGAUGUGAAUUAUUUGAUAUUAAUAACGAAACGCUAUCAUCUACAAAAAUAUUCAUUUGUGGGAAAGGAGGAGAAAAGAUAUUAAAUACAUUAAAUUAAUAUAUGUAUUGUUACGAAAUGUAUAUAUAAGUCUGUCCAUUUUUUACUUAAUGCUUAAUAUGCUAACAUCAAUUGGAAAUUGGAAGUUUUAUUUGAUAUCACUAAAUGUGGAUUCAAUUUUUCUUAAGUCAUAACAUCGCUUAUAAAGUAAAAUGCAUUUUAUUUUGUCAUGGUAUAUAAAAUCAUAAUUAGCGUAGAAAUACAAGAUUAUGAAAAAAAGUGAUUCAAUACAAAUCAAAAACUUUUGAACAGUGUUAACAUUUACGUAACAAAUUUUCCGCAAUAAACAUCCACAUUUUACAUGAUAAAUCAGUCUAUCUAUGAUAUAUAUUUUCUGAUUCCUUACACAAUAUCUCAAAUGAUGAAAGAUCCUAUUAAGAUAUAUAUUACUUAUGUAAAGUGCGCAGAAAGUAAUUAUACAAACAGAAUAGAAGCAUCGUAGGAUUAAGGUACAAUGUACAAUUGUGGGAGAACUCAAUAAAUAUUUACCACAAUUGAA